UUAAAACAUUUUAUCAAUGUGUUGUAUGUGACAAGAUUUUUCUACAAUAUGAUGAUUUAGAAAAACACACAAAAAUACAUGUUAAAGAAGAGAAAACUGAUGAUGUAGAUGAAUAUUGUCAUGUUAAAGAAGAGAAAACGGAUGAUGUAGAUGAAUAUUGUCAUGUUAAAAAAGAGAAAACUGAUGAUAUUGAAGCCAUUUAUCAGUGUAAUUUGUGUGAUAAAGAAUUUAAAUUAGAAACUAAUUUAGAAAAACAUUGUGAAGUACAUGUUAAGAAGGAGGAACCUGUUUUACAACAUGGUAAACAUAUGGAGACAAGUUUUAGUGAGAAUAAUGAAAAAGAGGUUCACAACCCAGAAGAGUUUAAAAAGUGUGAUGUUUGCAGCAGGACCUUUAUUAACAAAUAUUACUUACAAAAUCAUAUGAAAACCCAUACUGUAGAGAGACUCUACAAAUGUGAUGUUUGUGGCAAGUCAUUUAUUAACGAAGAUUUCCUUCAAAUUCACAUGGAACGUCAUACUGGUCAAAAACCUUAUAAAUGUGAUGUUUGUAGUAAAUCAUUUACUAACAGUAGCGAUUUACAGAUCCACAUGAGAAUGCAUUCUGGAGACAAGUCCCAUAAAUGUGAUGUUUGUAGUAAAUCAUUUACUAAUAGUAGUUAUCUUCAGAAGCAUACGAGAAUUCAUUCUGGACUAAAAACACAUAAAUGUGAUGUUUGUAGUAAAUCAUUCUCAAGCCGUAGUCAUCUACUGAGACAUAUGACAAUUCACAGUGUAGAUAAACCUUUUAAAUGUGAUGUUUGUAGUACAUCAUUUAUUGACAGGUUUGGUCUUUGGAAACACGCCAAGAUUCAUACAGAGGAAAAUUCUCUAGAAAAAGAUAUCAAAAGUCAUACUGUAGAACUAGAAAAACCUUAUAUAUAUGAUGUUAGUAAUAAAUCAUUCAAUCAGAGUAAUUAUCUAAGUGCACCCAUAAGAAUUCCCACUGUAGGAAAACCCCAUAAAUGUGAUUAUUGUAAUAGAUCAUUUAUUUAUAACUGUAAGCUACAGAUACACAUGAGAAUUCAUAAAGGGGAAAAGCCCUAUAAAUGUGAUGUUUGUAAUAAAUCAUUUACGUACAAUUCUGUUCUAAGUGCACACAUGAGAAUUCAUACCGGUGAAAGACCAUAUCAGUGUGAUGUUUGUGGUAAAUCAUUUACUCACAGCAGUACUUUUCAGAAACACAAGAGAAUUCAUACAGGAGAAACCCCUUAUAAAUGUGAUGUUUGUUUUGAAACAUUCCGUUAUAGUAGUUAUCUACAAGCGCACAUCAGAACUCACACUGGACAAAAAAUGGAAUGAAAUGGGGGGUUAAUGUCCCACUGUAGGCUGCACUGGAGAAAAGAUGGAAUGAAAUUGGGUUAAUGUCCCACUGUUCUGCUCUCACUGGAGGCUGCACUGGACAAAAAAUGGAAUGAAAUUGGGUUUAACAUCCCACUGUUCUGCUCUCACUGGAGGCUGCACUGGAGAAAAAAUGGAAUGAAAUGGGGUUUAACAUCCUACUGUUCUGCUCUCACUGGAGGCUGCACUGGAGAAAAAUGGAAUGAAAUGGGGUUAAUGUCCCACUGUUCUGCUCUCACUGGAGGCUGCACUGGAGAAAAAAUGGAAUGAAAUUGGGUUUAAUGUCCUACUGUUCUGCUCUCACUGGAGGCUGCACUGGAGAAAAAAUGGAAUGAAAUUGGGUUUAAUGUCCCACUGUUCUGCUCUCACUGUACACUUGAGAAAAGCUUUUUACAUGUGAUGUUUGUAGUAAAUCAUUUACUGUCAGUAGCGAUCUACAGAGACAUAUCGGAAUUCAUAUUUGAGAAAAACCCUUUGAAUGCAAUGUUUGUAGUAAAUCAUUUACAUA